AUGGAAUCCUUAAAUAUCCACAACAUCAAAGUGGAGAAAGCAAACGCUAUGCUAAGGUACAAAAAGCGUCAAAGAGUUACAACGUUGUUCCGAUUCAUCGAAUUCUGCAUAUUUUUCGUUAUAAUCUCGAGAUUCUCCACUCAAUUGCCACUCGGUAUCAAGCUAUCGACAGACUAUUUCAAGGGAGUUGGUGUCACCCUCAUUAGUCCUCGAUUCGUCUUUGUUCUUGGAAACGUUAUUGUCAUCAUCCUCUUCUUGAAAUCAGGACAGUCGUCCGACACCACAAACAACGUUAAAAUCGAUUUGUACGAUGAGUACAAGCAAAAAUGUUCGACGAACAAAGAGGUUUGUUGUGAACAGAUCGAAAAACAGAGUAUUCUUGUAGAAAAAGCCUAUUUUGAACAGAUCAAAAAACAGAGGAAACAGAGUAUUCAUGUAGAAAAAGCUUAUUGCGAACAGAGCAAGAAACAGAGGAAACAGAGUACUCAUGUAGAAAGACAAGUAACAAAGAAAAUUCCUCGCAGCCAUUCGGACAACUCUUUAUAUUUGUCCAGUGAUGAGAAAAAACAUCCCAGAAAAAGUUUGAUGCGAUCGGCUACAGUAAGAUACACUGAAAACGUAAAACCAACGACGACGAUGACAACAACCUCGUAUCCGGAGGACGAGAUGAGCAAUGAAGAAUUCAGGAAAACUGUUGAGAAUUUCAUUGCAAGACAACAAAGAUUUUUGAGAGAAGAAGAGUUUGAAGCUGUUGUGUCUUAUAAAUCAUAA